AUUACUGAUGCUAUCGAGGCGGGCUUAUCUGAUAGAACGUUUGACCUCUUAAGAUGAGAUAUGCACGUUCGCGAUAAGGGACUGUCGAUCAGCAUUCACAUGAGGUAUCACGGGAGAUCGCGGACUCGGAGAUACUACAAGUACCGACAGACAUAUAUUCACGAGCCAUCCUCAGCCGGUUCCGUGCUUAGCCCAAACAACUAAACCCAUCUAACUGCUAUAAAGCCUACGAAGGCAUUUUCUGUAGCUGUUCCAGUCUAGUGGCCUCCAGUGCAUCUGGACCACAACAACAAUGAGUGUUAGAGAACCGCCAGUCAUCGACUUCGCGCCAUUCUAUGGCCCAGAGGGCGCCGCAAAGGAACAGUUAGUAAAUGAAUUGCGGCAAGCAUGCAUGGAGUUCGGUUUCUUCCAACUCAUCAAUCAUGCCAUUCCAGCGAGUCUGCAGGAAUCUGUGCUUCAGCAGAGCAAAGAGUUCUUUGAGCUUUCAACACCAACAAAAGAAAAAUAUAGCAAAGAUAUUGGGGACGAUAAUCGCGGAUACGAAUGCCUUCGGGCGCAGAACUUCGAGAAGCGAGGCAAUGGUGACCUCAAGGAAGGUUUCUACUUAGGCAAAGAUCUUCCACUUGAUGAUCCACAGGUGGUGGCGAAAAAGUUUGGCCAGGGACCUAACAAGUACCCUUCGGAAGUUAGCGAACCAGCUAAAUUCAAAUCUGUCAUGGAUGAGUAUCAUGACGCGAUGACCUCACUUGCGAUGGGGAUUCUGAGAAUGUUAGCACGCACUCUGGGAUUAGAGGAAACUGCUUUCGAUGCAUUCUGCAUACAUCCGAUUGCUAUCCUUCGGCUCCUACACUAUCCGCCACAGGAUCCUGACAGCUCGGAUAUCGAACGAGGAAUUGGCGCACAUACGGAUUUCGGUGCGAUCACCAUUCUUCUUCAAGACACAACGGGUGGCUUGCAGGUUUGGAACAAUCUCUCGUCGGAAUGGGUAGAUGUGACACCUGUACCGGGCGCCUAUGUCGUGAACCUAGGGAAUAUGAUGAUGCGAUGGACAAAUGAUCGCUAUCUAUCUAACCUUCAUCGGGUGAUCAACAAGAGCGGCAAGGAGCGCUUUAGUGUUCCAUUUUUCCUAUCUGGUAAUCCGGACUACAUAGUCGAGUGUCUCCCGACCUGCAUCGGGGAGGGACCUAAAUACCCUCCCAUUACUGUGGCUAGAUGGAUGGCUGGACGAUACGCGGAUACAUAUGGUAUAUCGAACGAUGAGGGAAUUGCUGAACUGCGAGAAGUGCCUUCAUGAGAGGUAUACUGUGGGAAGAAAGAGGACGCGCAGAUCCAGCACACAGUUGAUGGUCAAUAAGAAUAGCUCUGUGAGCUUAUGCAUUCGUCUA